AGGGACCCAUCUUUCCGAAGGAGGGGCGAAAUGCUCAUUUUCCAUGGCAGUUGUCGAUGAGAAGAAAUCUGAACACUGCCUCUGAGAUCUUCGACGGAAAUAAUCAGAUCUGAUCAGAGAUCGCUCUUUAAUUCUGUAUUCCCGUCGUUUGUUUCUCGGGAAAGUGAGUGAGAAAAGAAGGCGGACAAGCAAUGGAAGAGUUCCUGGACAACUUGCCAUCGAUGGAUCUGAUGCGGUCGGAGAAGAUGACUCUCGUUCAGCUCAUCAUCCCCGUGGAGUCCGCUCACCGUUCCGUCUCAUACCUCGGCGAACUCGGCCUCUUACAGUUCCGCGACCUUAAUGCUGAUAAAAGUCCCUUCCAGCGGACAUUUGCUAAUCAGGUAAAACGAUGCGGGGAGAUGUCGAGGAAGCUGCGAUUUUUCAAAGAUCAAAUUGAUAAAUCUGAUCUAAGGUUAUUACCAGGCCAUGAACUGGAACCAGACAUUGAACUCGAGGAUCUGGAGAGACAACUUGCUGACCAUGAACAUGAGCUACUGGAAAUGAACUCUAACAGUGAAAAGCUUCGGCAGACGUAUAAUGAACUGUUAGAGUUCAAGAUAGUCCUUCAAAAGGCUGGCAGUUUCCUUGUCUCAGGUAAUGUCCAUGCAGCCGGAGACGAAACAGAAUUACAUGAGAAUACUUUCUCAAAUAAUGGUUAUGCCGAUACUGCCUCUCUACUUGAGCAGGAAAUGAGAUCUGGACCUGCAAAUCAAUCAGGGUUGAGAUUUAUCAGCGGAAUCAUUAGCCAAGAAAAAAUUCUUAGGUUUGAGAGGAUGUUGUUUCGUGCAACAAGAGGCAAUAUGCUUUUCAACCAAGCACCUGCGGAUGAGGAGAUCAUGGAUCCUGCAACAACACAAAUGGUGGAGAAAAUCGUAUUUGUAGUAUUCUUUUCUGGGGAACAGGCAAGGACAAAAAUAUUGAAAAUAUGUGAAGCAUUUGGUGCAAAUUGCUAUCCUGUGCCAGAGGAUACGACAAAGCAGAGGCAACUUACAAGAGAAGUUUUGUCCCGGCUUUCUGAUCUGGAAGCCACUCUGGAUGCUGGAACACGCCAUCGCAAUAAUGCCCUUACUACUGUAGGGCUCCGUUUGACUAAAUGGAUGAACAUGGUUCGGAGAGAAAAAGCUGUCUACGAUACACUGAAUAUGCUAAAUUUUGAUGUAACCAAGAAAUGUCUUGUUGGAGAAGGUUGGUGCCCCACAUUCGCUAAAACCCAGAUUCAGGAGGUCCUACAACGUGCCACCUUCGACAGCAAUUCACAGGUGGGCGUGAUAUUUCAUGUUAUGCAAGCGGCUGAAUCACCUCCUACUUAUUUCAGAACGAACAAGUUUACAAAUGCAUUCCAGGAGAUUAUUGAUGCUUAUGGUGUUGCAAGAUAUCAAGAGGCAAAUCCUGCGGUGUAUUCAGUUGUUACGUAUCCCUUUCUUUUUGCUGUAAUGUUUGGGGAUUGGGGUCAUGGAAUAUGCUUGUUGUUAGGAGCUCUGUACCUUCUAGCUCGUGAAAGAAAGCUACGCACACAGAAACUUGGUAGCUUUAUGGAAAUGCUCUUUGGAGGCCGUUAUGUACUCCUUCUAAUGUCCCUAUUUUCGAUUUAUUGCGGGCUUAUCUACAACGAAUUCUUCUCAGUUCCUUUCCACAUCUUUGGUGGUUCUGCUUACAAGUGUAGAGAUACAACCUGUAGUGAUGCUUAUACGGUUGGUUUGGUCAAGUACCGUGAUGCGUACUCUUUCGGGGUAGAUCCUAGUUGGCGUGGGAGUCGGUCAGAACUGCCUUUCCUAAACUCUCUGAAGAUGAAGAUGUCUAUUCUGCUGGGUAUUGCCCAGAUGAAUCUUGGAAUCAUAUUAAGUUUCUUCAAUGCACGCUUCUUUGGCUGCUCGUUGGACAUAAGGUAUCAGUUUGUACCUCAGAUGAUAUUUCUGAACAGCCUUUUUGGGUAUCUUUCAUUGCUCAUCAUCGUGAAGUGGUGCACGGGUUCUCAAGCAGACUUGUAUCACGUGAUGAUCUACAUGUUUCUGAGUCCAACUGAUGAUCUUGGCGAGAAUCAGUUGUUCUGGGGCCAGCGUCCACUUCAGAUUGUGUUGUUGCUUUCGGCAUUAGUUGCUGUCCCUUGGAUGCUUUUUCCGAAACCCUUCGCCCUGAGAAAGAUGUACAUGGAGAGAUUUCAAGGGCGUGCUUAUGGCAUACUUGGCACUUCUGAGGUGGAUCUCGAUGUACAACCGGACUCUGCAAGGGACCAACAUCACGAUGAGUUUAACUUCAGCGAGAUUUUUGUACAUCAACUGAUCCACUCCAUAGAGUUUGUUCUAGGUUCAGUUUCUAACACAGCCUCUUACCUUCGGCUUUGGGCUCUUAGUUUGGCGCAUUCGGAAUUGUCAACAGUCUUCUACGAGAAAGUUCUUCUUCUUGCCUGGGGGUACGAUAACAUUUUCGUUCGAUUACUCGGGCUAGUGGUUUUCGCCUUCGCCACUGCCUUCAUACUACUGAUGAUGGAAACGCUGAGCGCAUUCCUCCACGCACUGCGUCUUCACUGGGUAGAAUUCAUGAACAAGUUCUACAGCGGCGACGGCUACAAGUUCAGACCUUUCUCGUUUGCUUUAAUUACCGCUGCCGACGAUGAGUGAAAAAAAAUCCACAUUACCAUUUUCCACCAUAUCCCACUUCCCCUAGUAGUUCUCAUCAAACAUAGAAGAAGAAUCGAAUGGGACUCUUUCGGAAUCACCAAUACACCUUUUGUCCCAUAGCAAAGGUACAUACUCUCCCUUUGCUUCCAUUUUUCGAGCUACAGCCCAAAAAAAACGCUUAUUUUUAACCAACAUAAUAUGUAUACACUACAUUCUCUUCAAAGUGGCCUUUCUUUUUACUUGUUUCCAGUUGCAGAGCAAUCAGGUUUAGGUAACUCUUUUUUUUUUUUUAUAAUACACAACCCCGUUGUCAUGGAUUUUGGCAUUUUGCAUGUACUUCCCAACACAGACCUCUUUUUUUUUUUUUUUUACUUGUUUUUUUGGGUUCCUUGUAAGAAGCUUGUCGCAGAGAAUUCUACUCUUGAAAGACACUAUUAUUAGUUCGUAUAUAUUUCUCUCUCCAA